CCUUGUGGCUACAUUUCAAAAUGACACUAAUCGGUGGUUCUUGUCAUUAGAACGCUGUCCGUAGCGACACCAUCCUCGCUCGGUGCUGGAACCAAAUUAACACCCCAUGCUCCUCUUUUGUGGUUUAUUCACCUGCGAUCCCAAAUUCCAUACUCGCAUUAUGUCAGCUAUUAAAGACAAUCGUCCCCUUCACCAGCAAUUUAUGGCACGACUGGCUCGACAUAACCUUAAUACAGACCGGGAAAACACAGGAAGCCCGAAAUACAGUAGAAUUACAUAAUAAAUUUUCCUGAAGGAGAAUAAACUUGAGCGUGUCUGACAUCGAUAACAAAGGAAAAUAAAUGUAUAACAACACCAGUUCUCGCAUGCACUCAUACUUUUCAUCCCCAGUCAAACCUGACUACAAUAUUGUGCUUUUUUGUUAUCAUUUUAUUUUGAAACCAGAAGUAAAAUUGCAUUUUAUAAGAGAAUGUGGUUUGCGUUUUCGGUACAACUUGGCCGUUGCACUACGCCAUUGCACAGUUAUUUUCCACGCUACGCCGUAUACCGACACGAACGCAAACCGUAGCUGCUUAUCUGUAUCUCCGCAUAAACCCGGCCUUUUUUGUAAUGCAUACCUUACAAAUAUUUCAGCUAACGACUAUGCACGGAGAACAACUUAGAUGCAGCGCCGCAUUCGUGCAGAGCUGCUUCUUCUUUCCCAGCUCUCCAUACCACCCUCUCCACCGCACUUCCGUAAAAGUCUCCUCUCGGUGCAGCCGAAGGUCCUAAUUCAGCUGUGUUCAAGCAUAAGUCAAUCUCGCAUGGAAGCGCUGUUUGCCAGAGCUGAUGUGACCGGUGUUGCCUCAUCGCGGAGAAAGGCGUCCUCGGAGGAUCUCCUUUCUGAGAAGCUGAAUGCCCCCUUUUGCUGCUUCCACCGCUGCUCUCGGGAAAUGCGUGCUGUGUGAUCUCAGCACCUCUAUGAGCCGAGCUUGUCCUCUGUAAUUACCGCCAUAAACACUGGUGCUGUUUCAGCUUUUGAGACCCGAUGACAGGCAAUCAAAGACACUGCAAAUAUCGCUGAAGACCAGACGGUUCAUAGUGUGGCUGAACCCAACCUACGCUUCAAGGACUUCUUUGCACAUCAGUUUAUAGACCUCUGACUCUACCUCUUGUCAGAGCUGGCCAGCGAGGAUGCAGGUGCGGGGUCGCCGUCGGCGGUGAGCAUGUACGCGGCGGGCAUGACGGAGUGCAAGGCGGAGGUGACGCCCUCCACGCGCAACGGCCACCGCGUCUUCAGCUACACGCUGGAGAGCCACACGGCGGCCGCCUUCGCCAUCAUGGACGAGCUGCGGCUGCAGCGGCAGCUCUGCGACGUCACCCUGCGCGUCAAGUACGGCGAGCUGGAGGCCGUGGACUUCGUGGCGCACAAGGUGGUGCUGGCCUCUUCGUCGCCCGUCUUCCGUGCCAUGUUCACCAACGGGCUCAAGGAGUGUGGCAUGGAGGUGGUGCCAAUCGAGGGGAUACACCCCAGGGUUAUGGAGCGCCUGAUUGAGUUCUCCUACACAGCCAGUAUCUCGGUGGGCGAGAAGUGCGUGAUCCACGUGAUGAACGGCGCGGUCAUGUACCAGAUCGACAGCGUGGUCAAGGCCUGCUGCGACUUCCUGGUGCAGCAGCUGGACCCCAGCAACGCCAUCGGCAUCGCCAGCUUCGCCGAGCAGAUCGGCUGCACCGAGCUGCACCAGAAAGCCCGCGAGUACAUCUACAUGAACUUCAGCCAGGUGGCGACACAGGAGGAGUUCUUCAACCUGUCCCAAUGCCAGCUGGUGAUGCUGAUCAGCCGCGACGAGCUGAACGUGCGCUGCGAGUCCGAGGUGUUCCACGCCUGCGUGGCCUGGGUGCGCUACGACCGCGAGAACCGGCGGCCCUACGUGCGCGCGCUGCUGCAGGCCGUGCGCUGCCACUCGCUGACGCCGCAUUUCCUGCAGCUGCAGCUGCAGAAGUGCGAGGUGCUGGAGUGGGACGCGCAGUGCAAGGAUUACCUCUCGCAGAUCUUCCAGGACCUGACGCUGCACAAGCCCACCAAGGUGCUCUCCUGCCGCACGCCCAAAGUGCCGCAGCUCAUCUACACGGCGGGGGGCUACUUCCAGCAGUCGCUCAGCUACCUGGAGGCGUACAACCCCUGCCGGGGCGAGUGGCUGCGGCUGGCGGAGCUGCAGGUGCCCCGCAGCGGCCUGGCAGCGUGUGUCAUCGGCGGCCUCUUCUACGCCGUGGGCGGCCGCAACAACGCGCCCGACGGCAACAUGGACUCCAACACGCUAGAUUGCUACAACCCCAUGAACAACCGCUGGUCCCCCUGCGCCCCCAUGAGCGUGCCGCGCAACCGCAUCGGCGUCGGCGUCAUCGACGGCAUGAUCUACUCUGUCGGCGGCUCGCACGGCUGCAUCCACCACAACAGUGUGGAGAGAUAUGACCCCGAGAGGGACUCCUGGCAGCUGGUGGCCCCCAUGCUGACCCGGCGCAUCGGAGUGGGCGUGGCUGUCAUCAACCGGCUUCUGUAUGCGGUGGGAGGGUUUGACGGUACACACCGGCUCAGCUCAUCCGAGUGCUACAACCCUGAGAUGGACGAGUGGAAGAGCACAGCACCCAUGAAUACCGUGCGGAGCGGAGCCGGUGUAUGCGCGCUGGGGAACGCGAUCUACGUUAUGGGGGGCUACGACGGCACCAACCAGCUCAACACCGUGGAGCGCUACGACAUCGAGGCGGACAGCUGGACCUUCGUGGCCUCCAUGAAGCACCGACGCAGCGCGCUGGGGGUGACCGCGUACCACGGGCGCAUCUAUGUACUGGGUGGAUAUGAUGGGAACACGUUCCUGGACAGCGUGGAGUGCUAUGACCCAGAGACGGACACCUGGACAGAGGUCACCAAGAUGACGUCGGGGAGGAGCGGCGUGGGUGUGGCCGUUACCAUGGAGCCCUGCCGUAAGGGGCUGGCUCAGUGCUUAAAGCACUAGAGCACCAACUCGGCGCAAGCCCGGAGUGCUUUUUUUUUUGUUUUUUUGUGUUGCACCUGAUGGUCCAAAACUGGGCCACAACCGUAUGGAACACUGGCCUACCCGCUGGCUCUAAAAGGGGGAGCAGUGGGAGUUGGGCAGGGACCUGGGGUACAUCACCUUCAGCCGCCAUCGAUCUUUGGGCGGAACCUGGAAAAAAUGCCAAAUGGCAAGAAGAAUCCUGCCGUUUAUCCACAAAGGGUUCCUCCCGUUUCCCCUCUUCUUAACAUCUCAGGUCAUCAUAUGAAUGAGAAGUAAAAACCGGUUCCUCUAUUGCAAUUAUUUUUCCAGGUAUUUAAUUAGUUGCUUAACAGAAAUGUAACUCUGGGGGUGCACUAACGUCAGGAUAACGUUUCCCCGGCCCUGGCAGAGUGGGCUGUGGCAGGCGUGUAUGUAGACUAGCGUGUUAAGGCAAACAUUAAGGUUCCAGGGUGGGGGGGCAGGAGGCUUGAAGAGGAAAUGAGAUCUAUGUAGCGUUUGUGUGGAGAAUGAGGGAACCGAGUUCUCUGAGCUUCAAGUGCCAUUUGUCUCGACUGGCCAUGCGCUCAGUGGAGUGCAUGUGCUCAUACGUGCUGUGUGUAGUUCCAGGUACCCUGGCGUUCCAUACGUGCUGUGUGUAGUUCCAGGUACCCUGGCGUUCCAUACGUGCUGUGUGUAGUUCCAGGUGACGUUCUCGGCGGAUUAGGAAGUGGCUGAGUGUAGGACAUUUUUUUUCUUCUUCUUCUUCUACCUUCUCCCCUUCCACGCCAGUAGCCGGCCUCACAGCACAGUAUACUUCUUUAACUCUGUCUCGACCAACGCCGCGUGACGGGGACGGAAGGGCAUCUCAUGACAUCGGGGACGUCCGCUUGAGGGAGAGUUUGACACAUGUAGGAACACUAAUACUGGAUAAUUGUUUUUUCUUUCUUUUUUUUACGUCCACAGCAUCUCUAGCACCGUACUUUUACUGAGGAAAAAAAUCAGCAAUUUGCAUUGGCCAAUUGGGCAUCAUGAAUGGGACAAAAAAAAAAAAAAUUAACUUAAGGUAUUGUAUUUGUUACAGCAGUUUAAGCUAAUUUUUUUUAAGGACUAAAAUUUUGUACGUUGAUAUUCCAUAAAGUCUUGUACAGAAUUCUAGGGCUUUUUAAACAUUUAAUUUAUUAUUUUUUUUCAUUCUGCGAUUUUUCCUGCUUCAGCUGCCUCCGCUUUGUAAAGGAUCGGACUCUGAUCUCAAGUUUCCUACUGAGCAUGCUGUAUUUGACACACCUGACCACGGAAUUCUCAUUUUGGAAGUUUUCUCCUAAAAUAAAAGGGACACUUUUUUUUUUUCUUCUUCUUUAUAUAGUUCAAAAUUUACCUAAUUAUUUAAAUACUGCAUUGUCAAUUUUAAAGCAAAAUUCAGUGUACAAAACAGACAUUGUCUAUAUUAAAGUAUUUGUUUACUGUA